AAAUUACGUCAGCGUGGGUGUCACCUGCGUUUAAAAAAAGCAUGAUUUAGCUCUGUGCUGAGUUCACUGAUAGUUGAGUGGCAUCGCUUGGAGUUGCGUGUUGGACAUCCUUCAUCCUCAUUGUUAUUCUUCAUUCUAAAUUUGGAGCAAGGAAAAAAAACCCCACGAAGAACACCUGAUGAGUCCAAUGUCAUCAUAAGAAGACCCUUGGAUAGUUUUUUCCACCUUUCCACCUCUAGAAACCAAAACAGCUAAGUGUCAAACAUCCACCAUGAGGCACAACCACUUUAUUUAUGGCACUGAGAACAUUUUGUUCAGAAAAAUUUGAGCAAUUAUAGUUAGGUAAUUGCAAACUGUGUUGGAAAAGAAAAGGAACAUUUAAUUGUUCCCGCUGAGCUGCCAAAACUCCUUCUGAAAAGGACCAUAGAUCAAUUCUUUGCUUCGAAAUGCUUCAAUAUCGCAAACUUCCACUUGUAGUAAAGAUCUUCACAGCACUUUUGUCACUGUGGCUGCUGUCCCUCGUCAGUCUGCUAAACUCAAAAUGGACCCCUGCCUUCAAGCUCCAUUAUGACUGGCUGGAAUACACAGAUGAUGGCAGUCCAGAAAGUGAGUGCAACUGUUCGUCAAUCCUGGAAGGAGACCAGGAGGCCCUGGACAAGGCCAAAGUACUGACCAUCACCAGAGAAUUCCAGAAGAGAGUUAAGAUUCCUAAUGAGUACUACGUAAAUGCAACCAAAGACUGCAAGAUAUUUAUUAAAAACAGGAAAUACAUAACAUUUCCUCUGAGCAAGGAGGAGGAGGACUUCCCCUUGGCGUAUUCCAUGAUUGUUCAUCAUAAGGUGCAGAACUUUGAGCGACUGCUGAGAGCCAUUUAUGCACCCCAAAAUUUUUACUGCAUCCACGUGGACAAGAAGGCGGAGCCGUCGGUCUUCAAUGCCAUUCUAGCCAUCACUUCUUGCUUUCCCAAUGUGUUCCUGGUGAGCCAGUCAGUCGACGUGGUGUACGCCGGCUGGCCGCGCGUCCAAGCGGAUCUGAACUGCAUGGCUGACCUGUACAACACCAGUAAAAGAUGGAAGUACUUCCUUAACCUCUGUGGUCAGGACUUUCCCCUGAAAACCAACCUGGAGAUGGUGAGGAUGCUGAAAUUGCUGAACGGAGGCAACAGCAUGGAGUCUGAGAACAUGCCACCAGAAAAGAAAUGGAGGGUGACGAAUGCACAUCAGAUUGUUGAUGGAAAAAUACAGGCAAAAGGAGAAGCAAAGAGUCCGUCUCCCUUCAACCUGCCCAUUAUGUCAGGAAAUGCCUACUUUGUGGCGAGCAGAGGCUACAUCCACAGUGUGCUCCACGACAAACGAAUACAGGUGCUCAUCGAGUGGAUGAAGGAUACCUACAGUCCCGACGAGGCCAUCUGGGCCACCAUUCAGCGAAUACCAGGUGUUCCAGGCUCAACCCGACCCAACCGCAAAUACGACGUAUCGGAUAUUAAUGCACUUGCACGGCUGGUGAAGUGGCAAUGGCACGAGGGGUCGCAGGAUUCCCUGGACGCCCUGUACCCGGUGUGUCAUGGCAACCACGUUAGGGCGAUUUGUGUUUAUGGUGCUGGGGAUCUGCAGUGGCUGCUUGAAAAUCAUCACUUCUUUGCCAACAAGUUUGACACGGACACUGACCCCAUUGCUAUCUACUGCUUGGAAAGAUAUCUGAGAAAAAAAGCUCUGGCUCAGUUGGAGUAAGUGAAU